AUGCCCUUAGGGGAUUCGCUGGGAAAGGUGUUCCACGAUAAAUCAUUAAAUGGAAGGAUUGGACGAUCACUUUUCCAAAGGCAACAUAUUGCACGAUUUUUUCCUGCUGAUGUAUCCCAAACGGAUUUACAAUAUUAUGAAGAUGACUUUGUGGAUGAUUACGAUGAAGAAAUGUAUGAUGAAUCAGCAACAGAAUAUAGUGUUGAUAAUUCGAACAGUGAUAUGUAUAGCAGCACAAAUUCGCAGAUAGAGUCGACAUAUGAAAGAUUAAACACAGCUAGAUCAAAUAAUUCGUUCUUGAAAAAUUACAAAGAAUCAAAAUUGAAAAAAUUAAAAGAGUUGGAUAGUGAUAGCCAUGGUAAUAGAUCAUUUAUAUCAAAAGCUAAGACUUUUGUUAAAAAGUUAAACAUACAAGUUGAAUUAGAACUGUUAGACGUUCUGAGCGAUGGCAGCAGUGGCUUCCCUUUUGCGAUUAGAGGAAACAAUAAAAAGGGGAAAAUUUGGAGUGCCAUGCAUAAAUAUAGAGUACUUUCUCCAGCUCUAUUUGGAACACUUAUUACAUUAUUGUUAUUAAAAAUUUCUACCCAAUUUGCCUUCGUGACGGGGGUUGCAACUAUUUUUAUCAUAGCAUAUCUUUUUGCUAAAGUAUGGAAAUGCCAAAAUAUAGUUCAUCAUGCAGAAAGUAACCCAGAAUUAUAA